UUUAACAAUAAGUACAGGUACAUACUUUUGCGAACCGUUGUUUUAACAAAGCAAAAUGCCUUUAUUUUGAAAAAGACUGCUGUCAAGUGGGGAACGGAAGUUGCUGACUUCUCGCACAUGCGCAAUCUGAUCGAGCAUUGGCAAAGGCGGCAGACUGAGCGGAUGUGACAUUCCGGAGAAGUUUCACUUUUAGGAUAUUUAUAGAUCCAUGUAUAUAGUAUCAAAUAUCUCAGGGUUUGUCUUUUUUUGUGAAGCCCCACGAAACGGAAGUUGAGUUUUGAGCGAUGUUAUCUGAAGUGAAGAUUGAAGACGCGAUAGAAGAUGGACGACUACUGCUAUGCUAAGAUGGCGACGUCCGGUAAAAGAGAACUUGAAAGAGAAUCAGAAACUUCCAGCAAAUCACCGACGGAGACAAAGACGAAAGAUGAAGCAGAUGUCCAGCAGCCGAUUGGUCAUCCAAAAGAACUUCCAGCCCAAUUAGGUGGGAGCUCCACUUUGAAGCAAGAGACUCCACCCCACAUUAAAGAGGAAAAGGAGGAACUCGGGAUCACUCAGGAGGGAGAGUGUCUUCUCGGGUCGCAGGAAGCUGAUUUCGACAAGUUGCCACUGACUGUUGUCUCUGUGAAGACUGAAUAUGAUGAAGAGAAACCACAACUAGACAACCUCUUAGCUCCACUAUCAGAUAGUGAGACUGAAGAUGAGGUUGAAGUAACUUUGAGCAGCGAUACAGACUGUGAAGAUGAUAUGAGGACUCAUACCGACAAACACUCUGAAUGCUCGAAAAGGAAGAGCGGUGAAAAAUGUUUAAGCUGCUCAGUUUGUGGUAAAGACUUUACUAAGAAGAGCCAUUUGACUCAACACAUGAGAACACACACAGGGGAAAAACCAUUUAAUUGCUCAGUUUGCGAUAAAAGCUUUGUUUCCAAAUCAGGUUUGACUAAACACAUAAUGAAACACACUGGACAUAAACAGUUUAGUUGUUCAGUAUGUGGUAAAAGCUUUUAUCAAAAGAGCAUUCUGACUGACCACAUGAGAACACAUUCAGGAGAAAAACCUUUUAACUGUUCAGUUUGUAGCAAAAGAUUUACUGAAAAGAGCCAUUUGACUCAACACAUGAGAACACAUACUGGAGAGAAACCAUUUAAUUGUUCAGUUUGCGGUAAGCGCUUUUCUCAAAAGAGGAAUAUGAUUGAACACAUGAGAACGCACACAGGAGAAAAACCGUUUAAUUGUUCAGAUUGCGGCAAAAGCUUUACGGAAAAGAGCCAUUUGACUCAGCACGUGAGAACGCACACAGGUGAGAAACCAUUCAACUGUUCAGAUUGUGGUAAAAGAUUUUCUCAAAAGAGCAAUUUGUCUCGACACGAGAGCACACACAGGAGAAAAAACAUUUGAUUGUUCAGUUUGCGGAAACAACUUUUCUCAUGAGAGCAUUUUGAUUCAACAUAUGAGAACCAACACAGGAGAACAACAUUUAAUUGCCCAGUGUGUGGUAAAUACUUUGUUCGAAAUGUGAUUAGACAAACCCAGGACUUCCUCAAAAAUGUUUUGCUGUUUCUUUCAUAAAUAUCCGAUGUAUUAGUGCAAAGUGGGACUAUCUGGUGCAUAAUCUUAUACCCUCAUGACUUAACGUCUUUUGCAUAUCCAAAUAUUUUCUGUAUUGCUGAGUUGUUUAUGACUUCACAUAUGCUUUGCUUUAUUGCAGGGUAAUGCACAUGGAGGGCAAACAAGCUUGAGCCUGGCAAUCAAUCAAGUGAUUGAAGUGAAGAGUUUAACCUGAAAAUGCCGCUUUGCUGUGCUGUGGCAAGCAUAAAAAAUGGCAAAUAGGAAAGCGUUCUUACAGUGUCUCGGAAGAAAUGGUUCAUAAAGGGAAUAUAGUUGAGGAUAUUUAUGAAAGCGUGCUAAGGGAAAUGGUUCUCCAACUGUCACUUUCAUCUUGUAGAGCAGUCGGAGCAUGCUCGUGUCUGCACUUUGUUUGAACAUUGGAUUUGUUUGAGAAACUUUCUGUGAUGCAAACAUUUUUUUUUAACUAUAUAGUUGAAUAAAUAAUUAUAACUCACGUCUGUUUUUCUUCUCGGCGGUUUAAUUCACGUGAUGGUCAAGCAACUUGAGCGUAGCAUUAAAACAAGUGAGUGUGAAGUUUGAGGAGAACAUUUUGUAUUGCUGUUCUGUUUUUGGGUGUUACCAGUCAUUCAAAUAAAUGGAUAGAUAAGAACGUAUCUAUAGUCCCAAAAUGAGUGGUUUAUAAUGUUAAUAAAGUCAGGGAUAAAAACAAAAGUGUCUCUUAAAAAUAUCACUUUCAUUAUCUGGUGUAAUACAAUCGGACCAUGCUUGUGUCUGCAGCCAUCACUUUGUAAAAUAUUUGUUUGAACAUUUGAUUUGUUUGAAAAACUCUGUGAUGCAAUUGAAUUUAUUCUCUACUAUAUUAGUAAUGUUUGAG